AUCUUUCUCCCAGCUAUAAAUUCGGGUAACAGCUCCUGCAUCAACAGUAUCACAAAAACCGAAUCAUUUGGCAUCUCAGUAGAAAAGAAGAGUUACUCAUCAGCAAUGGCUUCCGAGAUCCCAGAGAAGAAGGAGGAGCAGCACUCUACAAGCGACCUGUUCUCGAGCGCCAAGUUGGUGGCAGAGGCGGCGCAGGCCAACUUCAGGGGGGAGGCAGACAAGGUGGACAAGGCAAAAGCUGCCGACGCAGCCGGAGACCUUCUUGACGCCGCCGGCCAGUAUGGCAAGCUUGAUGAUCAGAAGGGCAUAGGGCAGUAUGUUGACAAAGCUGCUGAUUAUCUUCACAACUACCAGUCCAAGGAGGCAGCAGCUCCGUCAUCGGAGCCUCCUAAAGAAGCUGAAGGAGAAGCACCAAAGUCUGGUGGUGGUGGCGGCGGCGGCCUUGGUGACUUUGCAAAGCUGGCUGGCGGCUUCUUGAAAUAGGACUCUCCACUACUAAGCCACCGCCAUGUUGUAAUAAUAAUAACCAAAGAUAUGUUAUUUGUACUUAUUUUAUCUCGUAAACCGAAUCAAUACACAUUUCUGUUAUGCUUUGCAGAAGUGUGUGUUGAUUCGGUGUACAAAAUUGAGUACACAAAAUAUGUUUAUGGUGUAAUAAGGGCUGCACUUUUUUAUGUUGUAGAAUUCUUAGGGGAAAAAGGAGAGCUUACUUUGUUAACAUUUGUAGCAAAAUUCCACCAUGGCUAAGUUUAUGUAUAUGUAAGUGUGUUUUUCUUUUAA